UCAUUUUUUGGUUUCAUGUUUCAGUUUUAAUUAGUUUGUUGUUUCUGAAAGUAAUUUCAUUCUACUGAUAAUUUAUUUUAUCUGAGCAAUAAUGCAGAACCCUGAUGAAGAUACCGAAUGGAACGAUGUCUUGCGAGCUAAGGGGAUUUUACCACCGAAGGAAAAAGAAGUGUCCGAAGAAGAGAUCGUUAAUAUGAUAGAACAGACUAUACAACAGAAACAGGCUGAAAAGGAACAGAAACUAUCUGAAUUAGAUUUAGAUGGCCUCGAUGAGCUUGAAGAUUCUGAGGAUGAAGCUGUUCUUGAAGAGUAUAGGAGAAAAAGAAUUGCAGAGUUAAAGAGACUCGCAGAGAAACCCCGAUUUGGAGAUGUUAGAGAAGUUUCUGGACAGGAUUAUGUGCAGGAGGUUAAUAAAGCAGGAGAAGGGAUAUGGGUCAUCAUUCAUUUGUACAAACAAGGUAUCCAGCAGUGUGCCUUGUUAAAUCAGCAUAUGAAGCAAUUGGCAGCAAAAUUUCCAUACACAAAGUUCUUAAAAGCCAUUGCACAAACUUGUAUUCCAAAUUAUCCUGAGAGAAAUUUACCCAGUGUAUUUGUUUACUUUGAAGGCGACCUAAAGAAACAGUUCAUUGGUCCUCACGAAUUAAGGGGAACAGCUCUCACUUGUGAAGAAUUUGAAUAUAUGCUUGGACAAAUAGGAGCAGUAGAGACGAAAAUCAAGGAUGACCCCAAACCAAAGAUUAAAGAUAAGAUGUUUUCAGAUCUUGGCACCAAUGAUUGGUGACAUAUUACAAUAGGCUGUUGUCAAGUGAAUGGAAUAGUGUUUAUUCUCUUAUGCUUUCGGAGUGUGGGUUCUGUUCUCAAUUUGAGAUGCACAGUAUUGUAUUUAUUUUAAAUUUUAUUAUAAAUAUAUUGCACUUUUAUUUUGUCAAGUUUUAUACUAUUAAAUAUAGUUUAUGGUGCUAAAUAAUAAGGUAUAUUGCAGUAUAAUGAUACAUUAAAUUAAUAUAUAGAUUUCAAAUACA